AUGUUUCGUAUUGUUCUGCUGGUUACGCUCGUGAGCGCUGUCGUGGUUUCCGGCAAUACGCUUCCUGAAGAAUCCCGACAAGGAAAUGGACGUAUUGUCAACGGAAACAGUGCAUUUUCCCGAGAAUUUCCUUUCAUGGGUUCACUGCGUAUUGCUAUGAACAACAGACACAUCUGUGGCGUCUCAAUUUUGACUAUGCGAUGGGUUAUAACCGCUGCCCACUGUGGAUGGGAACGAGACCCAGUGGGUCUGCGAGUCGUCGUAGGAUCACACACGCAGAACACAGGAGACCAUCACCGAGUUGGUCGAAUCGUCAGCUAUCCCACGUACGAUCCAAGCUCCUCUCGGGAUAACAUUGCGAUGAUACAGACGGCAUCACAUAUGAUAUUCAUCCCUGUCAUUCGACCGAUCGCUCUGACGGAACGGAAUGUACUCGUUGCCGGUGGUGCCAUGGUGUUCGGAUGGGGAUGGUUAAGUUCCACUGGUGGACAUGCCAACCCGUUGCAAUGGAAGGUCACCGACGUUAUUUCAGUGGACGAAUGUCGCCAGCGACUCUCGGGCUUGGCAGAUGGGCCGAAUGUCACUGAUAGGAACAUUUGUACGAUGAGUCCAGUCGGCGGAGGAGUGUGUCACGGCGAUGAAGGAGGCCCUCUAGUGUUCGCUGGCCAAUUGAUCGGUAUUAUCGGCAGAACGGUGUGGUGUGGCGGUAAUAGACCUGAUGUUUACGCCCGAGUUUGGUCAUACCGUGAGUGGAUUUCGGAGACUUUGGAAUCAUAACAAAAUAUUGAAAAUACAGAUGGAAUAAAAUAAAAUU